AUGCGUAUCGCUCUCAUUCAAACUGACGUCUUCCCAACACUCGAAGAAACUUUUUCACAAAUUUCAAAGUUAGUUGAAGAGACCCCCUCCGGCUUGUAUCUUCUCACAGAAGUUUUUUCAACUGGGUUUUGCUUCUCACUUCCCGACAUCGCACACAAAAAUAGUGGUGACGAUGUCGUCGAUCGUCUUCAAGUAAUUUGUGUAGAGAAAAAUUGCUGUUUCAUUGGUGGCAUCUUAGUCGAGGAGAAUGGCAAAUAUUACAAUCGUGUGGUUAUAGUAGACAAACGUGGGUUGAUAGCGACAUAUGACAAGUACCACCUUUAUCGACUUGGUUGUGAAGAUUCUUUAGUCAAUGGGAGUAAGCGAGUCAUCUUCAAAUAUCAAGGAAUUCGGAUGUUGAUAGUAAUAUGCUACGACCUCAGAUUUCCAGCCUUUAUACGAUAUUCAGAAACUAAUGACUAUGACAUCAUUAUAAAUCCAAUUAACUACGGAGAAAAGGUCUUUCAAAUAGCUGACCACUUUGCUGCGGCUCGUGCACUUGAGAACUCCGCGUGGAUUUUUUGCACUAAUCGAAUAGGAAAAGAUGGACUUGGUAUUACAUAUAAAGGGAAGUCGUUUGUAUAUAAUCACCUUGGUAUUAAAGUCGCAGAGGCGGGCGAAAAGUGUGAGGCAAUUAGUGUCAAUUUUCAUAAGAAAGAAGUUGAAGAAUACAGACGUAAAAUAGGGUUUGGAGAAAAUUUCGACAAAUUCAAUUUCGAGAAGGAAUUUGAGACUGUUGUUGUGGAGUAA